AAACUAAAAUCGAAUCACAACACGCUGGCCACGGGUUGCUUCCGACCAUGAUUGAUGUAUGUGUUUGCCUAUCGUGAGCCUCAGACGACCCGCAACAAAACGAGUUGACACAGCGAAAUGGAAGUAAGAGUUGUUCGCUUUGACCAGAGCGCCAAGAAGGAAAGGACAGGGGGAAGCAAGAAUGUGAAGCAAAUGCGAAAGAGAAAGGGAACGAGAGUGAGCUCUCCACCACUUGAUCUUACUGCCGCAGCAAAAAUAUUCGAGACUUUGAAGUCGAAUGAUAGACAAAAUGAAGUGAUGGGCGCAUGCAAAGAUGAUUUUAUCGCACUUGCGGUUCGAAACUUACUAGCGGAGGUUUUUGAGUUUGAUGUCACAGGCGGCGACAUCGCGCAAGGACUCCAGCGACUCCAAGAAAGCCCACCAAGCUUUGUAAAUUUGAGCGCAGAGGCUCAAUGCUGUCUUUUACGGAUUCAUGUAUUAGCCCCGGGAAUGGCAAAACCGCCAGAAAGCUCAUCUAUUUCGAGCAACAACUUUGACCAAACUGUAGAAUUGGAAGCUUUUCGUGUUGGCAUCACCGCGGCGUUGGAGGCAGCAACGAAGCGUGGUACGAGCAGUGAAGAAUUGAAGACGGAAGCUGAAAAAAUCUUCCACAAAGACAAGAAAGAAGGCGAGACUGCGUUGGAAUACGUCAUCAAGGAAUCUAGCUGGACUGGAAUGGAUGAAGCGAAGACAGUCGACAGCCUCUACGACGCAAUGUCCACUGCAGCCUGCAAUGCGUUUUGGGCGUGGGGCAACAAACACCUUUUCACAGAGGGUUAUCUCCACCAGCUUGUUGCGUACGUUUUCAUCCAGCAGGGGGCGGGACGCUAGUUUGCUUUCCAAAUUCCCAAAACCCACAUUGUGGCAAAAAGUUCCAGGAGACCGUCUCUUGGCGAACGUUAGCGCUCUAUAUUAUUCGUUCCAACUGAAGGCACUGUCAUGGGAGGCCGUAUUUGCAAGGCAAGGUGACCGGACUCCUCUAUCGUUCUACAUCCUCCAUGGAGUUUCAGCACGAUUUUUUGCAAGGUAUUCCAAAACGAAUGCAAUUCUAUACUAAGGUAUCUGACGGCAUCAGUCUAAACACAAACAUAUAAUUAUCAUGCUGCAGCGCCACAUGCCAUAUAUCGAGGCAACUCGAA